UCUCCCUUAUUUUCCUCCCAAACCCUAGCAAUAAAAGGCCAAGAAACAACCCACUCGUCAACCGAGCGAGCGAGAGAGCGUACGAGAGAGAGAGAGAGAGAGCGGCCUGACGAGUGACGACCCCCACUCCCCUCCUUUCCUCCUCGCCGCCUCCGUUGCCGCUCCCUCCCUAAAACCCCAGAGCUCCUGUUCGCAUCCUCCGGCGAUGGAGCAGCAGCAGCAGCAGCAGCUGGCGGCGAUCCUCGGCGCCGACCCGAACCCUUUCGAGGCCCUCAUCUCCCAGCUGAUGUCCUCCGCCAACGACCAGCGAUCGCAGGCCGAAGCCCUCUUCAACCUAUGCCGCGACCUCCACCCGGACGCCCUCGCCGCCAAGCUCGCCACCCUCCUCCACUCCUCCGCCCACCUCGAGAUCCGCGCUAUGUCCGCCAUCCUCCUCCGCAAGCUCCUCACCCGCGAGUCAUCCUCCGGCGACGCCUCGUCGCCGUCCUACCUCUGGCCCCGCCUCUCCCCGACGUCGCAGGCCUCCCUGAAGUCCCUCCUCCUCGCUUCCGUCCAGCACGAGGACACGAAGUCCAUCGCCAAGAAGCUCUGCGACACCGUCUCCGAGCUCGCCGCUGGCCUCCUCCCCGACGACGCCUGGCCGGAGCUCCUCCCCUUCAUGUUCCAGUCCGUCACCUCCGACAACCCCCGCCUCCAAGAAUCUGCCCUCCUUAUCUUCUCCCAGCUCGCCCAGUACAUUGGUGACACCCUCCUCCCCCACCUCCCCACUCUCCACUCCGUCCUGCUCUCCUCCCUCUCCCACCCCACCUCCGCCGACGUCCGCAUCGCGGCCCUCAGCGCCGCCAUCAAUCUCGUCCAAUGCCUCCCCUCCGCCGCCGAUCGUGACCGCUUCGGCGACCUCCUUCCCGCCAUGAUGCGCACCCUCACCGAGUCCCUCAACUCCGGCCAGGAGGCCACCGCUCAGGAGGCCCUCGAGCUCCUCAUUGAACUCGCCGGCACCGAGCCACGCUUCCUGCGCCGCCAGCUCCCGGAUGUCGUCAGCGCCAUGCUCCAGAUCGCCGAGGCCGAUCAACUCGAGGAGGGAACCCGUCACCUGGCUGUUGAGUUCGUGAUCACGCUCGCGGAGGCACGGGAGCGUGCCCCUGGGAUGAUGCGCCGUCUCCCCCAGUUUAUCGGGCGGCUGUUUGCUGUGCUGAUGAAGAUGCUGCUGGACAUCGAGGAUGAGCCCGCUUGGCACGGUGCAGAGGCCGAGGAUGAAGAUGCUGGGGAGACGAGCAACUACAGCGUCGCCCAGGAGUGCCUCGACCGGUUGUCAAUAGCCGUCGGAGGGAAUACCAUUGUUCCAGUCGCAUCUGAGCUGCUCCCGGCGUACCUGUCGGCCCCUGAGUGGCAGAAGCACCACGCUGCCCUCAUCACUCUUGCCCAGAUUGCUGAAGGUUGCUCCAAGGUGAUGAUUAAGAACCUGGAGCAAGUGGUGAAUAUGGUCCUUAAUUCAUUCCAAGAUCCCCAUCCCCGCGUGCGCUGGGCGGCUAUAAAUGCUAUCGGGCAGUUGUCUACGGAUCUGGGGCCAGAUUUGCAAGUCCAGUAUCAUCAGAGGGUGCUGCCUGCAUUGGCAUCAGUGAUGGAUGACUUCCAGAAUCCCCGUGUUCAGGCGCAUGCUGCUUCAGCAGUCUUGAAUUUCAGCGAAAACUGCACACCAGACAUCCUGACACCUUACUUAGAUGGAAUUGUUAGCAAGUUACUUGUACUCUUACAGAAUGGGAAGCAGAUGGUGCAAGAGGGAGCUUUGACAGCUUUAGCAUCUGUUGCAGAUUCAUCACAGGAACAAUUCCAAAAGUACUAUGAUGCUGUCAUGCCAUAUCUCAAAGCUAUUUUCAUGAAUGCAACUGACAAGUCCAAACGUAUGCUUCGUGCCAAGUCUAUGGAGUGCAUAAGUUUGGUUGGAAUGGCUGUGGGCAAGGAGAAAUUUAGGGAGGAUGCUAAACAGGUAAUGGAAGUGCUGAUGACGUUGCAAGGAUCUCAGAUGGAGGCAGAUGAUCCAAUAACAAGUUACAUGUUACAGGCAUGGGCCAGACUAUGCAAGUGCUUGGGACAGGAUUUUCUGCCAUACAUGAAUAUUGUAAUGCCUCCAUUGCUUCAGUCUGCUCAGCUGAAACCAGAUGUAACCAUUACCUCUGCAGAUUCAGAUGAGGAGAUAGACGACUCAGACGAUGAUAGCAUCGAAACCAUCACUCUUGGUGAUAAAAGGAUUGGUAUUCGGACUAGUGUCCUGGAAGAGAAAGCCACAGCUUGUAACAUGCUCUGCUGUUAUGCUGAUGAGCUCAAGGAGGGCUUCUAUCCAUGGAUUGAUCAGGUUGCUCCUACUUUAGUACCUCUUCUCAAAUUUUAUUUCCAUGAAGAAGUCAGGAAGGCCGCUGUUGCUGCUAUGCCAGAACUACUUCGUUCAGCAAAGUUAGCUGUGGAGAAAGGGUUGGCUCAGGGUCGUGAUGAAUCGUAUGUUAAGCAAUUGUCUGACUAUAUAAUUCCUUCUCUCAUUGAGGCCUUGCAUAAGGAGCCUGAAACAGAAAUUUGUGCAAGCAUGUUGGAUUCGUUGAAUGAAUGUGUACAGCUCUCUGGACCACUUCUUGCUGAAGGCCAGGUGAGAAGUAUAGUGGAUGAGAUCAAGCAUGUGAUUACAGCAAGCACAACUAGGAAAAGAGAAAGGGCAGAGAGGACAAAGGCAGAGGACUUCGAUGCUGAGGAAGGAGAAUUGCUUAAAGAAGAAAAUGAACAGGAAGAAGAAGUCUUUGAUCAGGUUGGUGAAUGCUUGGGCACUUUGAUCAAAACAUUCAAGGCCUCUUUUCUGCCAUUCUUUGAUGAACUUGCUAUGUAUAUAACACCAAUGUUGGGAAAGGAUAAAACAGCUGAGGAGAGAAGGAUUGCCAUUUGCAUUUUUGAUGAUGUUGCAGAACAAUGCCGAGAAGCCGCUCUGAGAUAUUAUGAUACUUAUCUUCCUUUCCUAUUAGAAGCAUGCAAUGAUGAGAAUGUGGAUGUUAGACAGGCUGCUGUUUAUGGAGUUGGUGUUUGUGCUGAAUUUGGUGGUUCUGUGUUCCGACCUCUUGUUGGAGGUAUCCCAGUAGAAUUAAAAUUUGUGAAUAUUUUGCAUGUCUGUUUUCUUCUCUUCUGUGCAGUAUUAUCAAUAUUGUUUCUGUGUUUUUUCCCUUCGGCAGAGGCUCUCUCGAGGCUAAAUAAUGUAAUUAAACAUCCUGAUGCACUGCAUUCAGACAAUGUAAUGGCAUAUGACAAUGCUGUUUCAGCUCUUGGAAAAAUAUGUCAGUUCCACAGGGAUAGUAUUGAUGCAGCUCAGGUUGUUCCAGCUUGGCUCAGUUGCUUGCCGAUAAAAGGUGAUUUGAUUGAGGCCAAAGUUGUACAUGAUCAGCUUUGUUCAAUGGUUGAAAGGUCGGAUAGGGAACUUUUGGGUCCUAACAAUCAGUAUCUUCCCAAAAUCAUUUCCGUGUUUGCUGAGGUCUUAUGUGCAGGCAAGGAUCUUGCCACAGAACAAACUGCUGGCAGGAUGAUUAAUCUUCUGAGGCAGCUCCAACAAACGCUGCCACCAUCUGUCCUUGCCUCAACCUGGUCUUCCUUACAGCCUCAGCAGCAGCUUGCACUGCAGUCAGUCUUGUCAUCAUAGUUUUUCCUUUUGAGUCAGUUUUGUCUGGUUGUAUCUUUUACUAUUACUACCCAUUCUUUGUAUGUCCUUAAGUUUGUUAUGUCACCCAUGAGGUGUUGUCUGGUUGCGGUGGAUAUAUUAUUGUUUGGUGAGAGAUUGUGAUUUUGGUGGAGGGUGUAUAUUAUUGACGGUCAAAUGCAUGUUUAUAAUCUGUGCUACAGUGGUAAAAGUGAAAGGCUAUAAAAUUUUGCUGGUGGAAGAUGGUUUGACACA